GCGGGGCCGGGGCGGGCAGCAGGUUGGGUUGCGCUGGGCGCCGGUGUGUUGCAUCAGCCCGGUCGGUCGGUGCGCGGCGCGGGAUGGAGCGGGUGGCCGAGCAGAUGGAGGCCAUGGAGGUGAAGGAAGCGGUUAAAGGGGUGCAUAAGAAAUCAUCUAAUAAAGAAAGUGGUGAUACAAAGAGAACUGAGUUGAAUCCAUGGCCAGCUUACAUCAAUGAGCGACUUGAACUGUACAACAAACUCAAAGCAGAAAAUGACUCCAUUCUGGCAGAGCGUGUAAGCAAAGAGAGCAAACAAAUAACGAUUACUUUGCCAGACGGGAAACAAGUACAAGGAGACUCCUGGAAAAGCACUCCCUACAAGAUUGCCUGUGGAAUCAGUCAGGGUUUGGCCGAUAAAGUUGUUGUUGCCAAAAUAAAUGGAAUGGUAUGGGACUUGGAUCGACCUUUAGAAGGAGACUGCAGUCUAAAAUUGCUCACAUUUGAUGAUGAAGAGGCUCAAGCAGUAUAUUGGCAUUCCAGUGCUCAUAUAUUGGGCGAGGCCAUGGAACGAAUCUUUGGAGGAUGUCUCUGCUAUGGACCACCCAUUGAAAAUGGAUUUUAUUACGACAUGUUCUUGGAAGAAGGAGGUGUUUCCAGCAAUGAUUUCCCAGCAUUGGAAAGCCUAUGUAAACGUAUAAUGAAGGACAAACAGCCAUUUGAGAGACUUGAAGUGAAGAAAGAGACUCUUCUUGAGAUGUUCAAGUAUAACAAAUUCAAGUGCAGGAUUCUGAAUGAGAAGGUGAAUACACCAACCACAACAGUGUACAGAUGUGGACCAUUAAUUGACUUGUGUAGAGGACCUCAUGUCAAGCAUACUGGUAAAAUAAAGGCCAUGAAAGUGCAUAAAAAUUCUUCCACUUACUGGGAAGGAAAGGCUGAUAUGGAGACAUUGCAGAGAAUUUAUGGGAUUUCUUUUCCGGAUUCCAAAAUGUUGAAAGAAUGGGAAAAGUUCCAGGAAGAAGCCAAAAACAGAGACCAUAGGAAAUUGGGGAGGGAGCAGGAAUUAUUUUUCUUCCACGAACUGAGCCCAGGAUGCUGUUUCUUCCUUCCAAAGGGAGCUUACAUCUACAACGCACUGAUUGAGUUCAUUAGGAGUGAAUACAGGAAAAGGGGCUUUACAGAAGUAGUGUCUCCCAACAUUUAUAAUAGUAAGCUGUGGCAAACUUCUGGACACUGGCAGCACUACAGUGAGAAUAUGUUCAGCUUUGAAGUGGAAAAGGAGAUCUUUGCCUUAAAACCUAUGAAUUGUCCAGGUCAUUGCCUCAUGUUUGGCAAUCGGCCUCGGUCCUGGAGGGAGCUACCAAUGAGGUAUGCGGACUUUGGUGUGCUUCACCGUAAUGAGCUGUCAGGAGCGUUGACUGGUUUGACUCGGGUGCGCAGGUUUCAGCAGGAUGAUGCCCACAUUUUCUGCACCAUGGAACAGAUUGAGUCAGAAAUGAAAGGUUGCCUGGAUUUUCUUCGUGCUGUCUAUGAUAUUUUUGGAUUUACUUUUAAACUUGAGCUUUCUACUCGUCCAGAGAAAUUUCUUGGUGAUGUUGAAGUGUGGAACACUGCUGAGAAGCAACUAGAAAACAGUCUCAAUGAGUUUGGUGAGAAAUGGACUUUGAACCCCGGUGAUGGAGCUUUUUAUGGGCCAAAGAUUGACAUAAAAAUCAAAGAUGCUAUUGGUAGAUAUCAUCAAUGUGCUACAAUUCAAUUGGAUUUUCAGUUGCCAAUCAGAUUUAACUUGACCUAUGUCAGUCAUGAUGGUGGUGACCAGAAUAGGCCAGUUAUCAUUCAUCGCGCCAUCCUGGGUUCUGUUGAACGAAUGAUUGCAAUUUUGACUGAAAACUAUGCAGGCAAAUGGCCCCUUUGGAUAUCUCCGCGUCAAGUUAUGGUUGUACCCGUGGGACCUGCAUAUGAGGAAUAUGCACAAAAGGUUCAGCGGCAGUUUCAUGAAGCUGGAUUAAUGAGUGACGUUGAUCUUGACCAAGGCUGCACAUUGAACAAGAAGAUCCGAAAUGCACAACUUGCCCAGUAUAAUUUUAUUCUUGUUGUUGGUGAAAAAGAAAUGAGCAGCGAAACGGUCAAUGUGCGGACACGAGACAACAAGGUGCAUGGGGAGCGCACGGUAUCCGCGACCAUCGAGAGGCUUUUGCAGCACAAACUGUCCAGAACUAAACAAGCUGAAGAGGAGUUCUGAAAUUUUUUUGUUUUAUCCGGCAAUACAGUAUGGAUCAAAGGUUUUUAAAUUGGGGGAAGAAAGAACUAAUACAGUUAACAUUCGAAUUACUGGGCAAUCAAUAGAAAUCAGUGGCCAUGAAUGUGGGUUGAGGGGACACAAAUUUCAAUUUGUGUACAUUGGCACUAACUUGCAUAAAUGUUUUGAAAAUAACACCUUUUAAAAAUAGCGCCUGCGAUUUUCUUCGCUUUCUCAAAUUCACCUUGUGAAAUUUAUUGUGAUUCAUGACUUUAUGUAAAGAAGUGCUCAAUAAAACUGAUGCAAAUUCA